AUGGCAGGAAGUCCGAGAAAAAGGUCGCCGUCCCCAAGGAGGCGCUCUCCCUCGCCCAAGAGAAGGUCUCCCUCUCCCAAGAAGAGAGCUGUUUCCCCAAAGAAAAGGGCCAGUUCGCCAAAGAGAAAGUCCGCAUCAAAGUCUGCUCAUCCAGGAACCCUGGACAUGGUCGUCGCAGCUUUGAAAGCAAUGAAAGAGCGUGGAGGUUCAUCCCGCCAGGCGAUUGGCAAAUACAUCUUGGCAAACUACAGGGGAAUUGCUCAAUCCAGACUCCCAACUAUGCUCCGUUUGGCACUCGCUAAGGGACUAUCGUCCGGUGUUCUUGUCCGACCCAAAAGAUCCUCCGCCAUCGGUUCCAACGGUCGCUUUUGCCUUGGAAAGGCACCCAAGAAGACGAAGUCCCCGAAGAAAACUGCCAAGAAACCAAGGAAGAAAACUCCAAAGAAAGCUAAGAAGACCAAGAAAUCUCCCAAGAAGGCAAAGAAGGCUGCUAAGAAAGCUACCAAAGCAAAGAAGGCUAAGAGCCCGAGAAAGAAAGCCGCAAGAAAACCAGCGAAGAAGGCAGCCAAGCAAAAGUCAAAGAGAGCCAAAAGAUCUCCAAAGAAGAAAGCCGCCAAGAGGAGGUGA